AUGAGACAAAGUGUUGGAGUGAUGAGAAAUAAAACUCAUUUACUAUUCAAAUAUAAAGAAGAACAUAAGUAAUAAGCAAAUAGAUUUAAGAAGAUUAAUGAUCUUCACAUAUCAAGUUAGAAAUUAAUUUAUCCCAUAUAGAACCAAAUACAUUGUUGUUAGAUAGUUCUGGUGAAUCAACAGCUAGCAAUUUUUCAAUUGAAAUGUAAACUCAUAAUAAGGGAUUACCAUCAGAAUGGGCUAGUCAUUAUGAAGAUUGUUUAGAUAAAAUCAAAUAAGUUUAGGAGAUACGUAUAUUAAUAAAUCUUACAUACAAAUAGUUAAAGAACUUUAAAGUUUAGGAUCUAAGAGAUUGAAAAUGCAAUUUGGAGAUGCUACAGCUUUAGAGAAACUGAUUUAUGAGAACAAUUAGAAAGCUACAUAAGUAUUCUUAUUCUAUAAAGUAGAAAAUUAUGGAAUGUGAGAAAAAUACCGAAUUCAUAUCAAAUUAUAGUAGUGAUAAGGAAACACCAAGUGAUUAAAGAAGUAUUGUAUUAUAAUAAUGAAUAGUUCGAAUGAAUAUAAACAGAGCAUUAGCAUAAUAAAUCUAAGAAUUAACUAAUACGUUAAGAAAUCAAUAGAAAAGAAUGGUUACGAUGAUUAAAUAAAUAAAUAAAGAUGAUGGAGGUAUUGAUAUGAAAUAAGAAUUAGGAAAUUUCUUAAAAUUAAGUGAACAAAAAUAAUAAGAAAUGAAAGUUGCUGAUGAUGAACUUACUUAAGCAGAAGAGUAAAUGUAUGAUGAUAUAAUUUGUGAGAGGUUUAAUUAAAUAUAUAUAUAUUAUUUUAGAGAUUAAGAAAUCAAUAAAUUAGUUACUAUGAUUAAUGAAUUAGCUGAAGUAUUCAAAUCAUUAAAUUAAUUGGUUAUUGAUUAAGGUACUAUUUUAGAUAGAAUUGAUUAUAAUAUUGAUUAAGCUGUAUUCAAUGUUAAGAAAGCAAAUUAAGAAUUGAAAAAAGUAAUUUUUUAUUAUUAUUAUAAUUAAAUUAGGCUGAAGAAUACUAAAACUCUCCAUUAGCAAAAAGAUGCAUUAUAAUACUUGUUAUUAUGAUAGCAAUUUGUAGUAUUCUAUUGACAAUAAAAUAUUCAAGUUGA